UACAAUUUCAACUUGACGCCGACAAAAAUUUUGUCUUAUAAAUUUUAAUUGCAAUUUGCAUUCAUUUCACUAAUAAUUUUUAAUCAUAGCCUAAUAUUAUUUGCUCCUACUGUCUAUAUCUUUUAAAUAAACAUAAAUAAUUGUGGUAUAUCUUGAAAUUCGCGAAAAUGUCGAAAAAAGCUACGAAACUGGCGCAACAAUGGCCUAGCCAGUCUAGGGCAGAACCUUCCGUGCUGGCCCACCUGAGUCAUCAGUCACCCUGCAACUGUAUAGUUGCUCUGGCAUUUAAAUUUAAUGCAAGAUAAAGCAAUGCACUAAUUUAACUGUAUCUAUGCAGGCUGUGUAAUAUUUUAAUAUAGAGCAGAGAGAUCAAUAAUGAGUGAGUUGUUGGAACCAAAUAAAAUUAACCAUUAUUACAAAUUAGUGUACUUGGGGGAAAUAAACCUUUAAAUCUGAUAUGGCUGAUCUGAGACAUUUUUAAUUCAAAAAAUAUAAAUAACAAUUUUUGACAAAAAAUAUUAAAAGCGGCAUCACUAUCCCUACCUACUUAUGAAUAUAAAUGCACAGACACUGAUCUCUUGUAGGGUGACUGUCGACAGGGGACUAAUUUUGUACAUAAGACAAUUAAAUAAUGUAUUUUAUGUCCUUAAGAGGUCCUUAAUUAGUUUAAGCUGCGCCAGUUUCUAGGGUGUGAUAGCUCACUGGUAUUGUAACAUUGUAUCACAACAAAUACCCUGAAGACUUGACAAAAACCGCCAUUUAAGUAAAUAAUUUGUCAUGAAAUGAUGUGGAUGGUUGCAGAAUUAAGUGUAGCAACCAGAGUUGAAUUAUGAGAACAGUUAUGGUUGCUCAGUUUAUUAAAUGCUAUAUAUGCCUUAAGGCAGAUUUACUCCAUAUUUCAAUGCAAAAUGUGAAUUUAUAAUACAUUGAUGAAAGAGCAUUUUACAAGUGAAGUUGGUACAAUAUCACUGAGUAUGUGACCUUCUAGAAAUAUGGUUUAUGGUUUGUGCAUCAACCCUGAUAGACAAUAGCCAGUCCAUAUUCAUUCAUCGUCUCCCACAUUAUUAUAUAUUCUCACAAAAUGUGCCUUUUUAUUUCAAUAGAAAGUAUAUCUAUUUGUACAUUUUCUUUGUCAAAAAUUGUUUUCCCAUAUCUAAUUUUUAUUUUGGCUUAUUCAAUGUUGCCACAUUAUCAUGGCAUUCUCCCGAGACCCUCUUGACCCUAGAAUAUAGACUGUAAUCCCUUGUCUAAUCCGUGGUUUGAUGCACUUGACCAAUGGCUGACUGACGCCAGUUCGUCUCGUACGGCGUGCAGAACCCGCAGCCAUCGGAGCAGUAUGAGCCGGAGGACCCUACGGGGCACAAUGAUAGUCUUGAGGAACCAGACCAAGAGAUGAACAAUGUGUCAGAACAAAAGCCCUCCUGGAUGAAGAAACUGCAAGGAGUGAAAAGGCUCUCGAACAAGGAGCGUCGUCGUCGUCAAAACCAGAACUUGCGGAAGCUUCUCACGCCCAAGAGCGCCCUGAUGGUGCUAAACGAGAUCAUGCCGGGGGAACAACCGGUGUUUAAAGUGGAGCCAGUGCAGGACCAGCAGUUCUACAAGGCGACGGACACUUGCUUCUGCGCAGAGGUCACCGUGGAGGGGAAGACCUUCAAGGGGUGCGGCGAGACCAAAGCGAACGCCCGUCACGCAGCUGCAGAGCUGGCCAUCCGCGAGCUCAUCAUCAGCCGUCUCGGCCGCCUGCAGGACGCCGCCACUGCUACUGCCGCCGCCGAGCAGACGGGCACAGGUGAAGAAACAAUGGAGUGCACGGAAGAGGAGCCGAUGCCGAUGAUCCAGCUGGCGUCGUUCGCGCUGCACAAGUUGUUCAGCGAGUGGGAGGGCACCGGCCUCAGGGUGCCGCACUUCAGGCCCAAUGCGACUUCGGUAUCAUCCGAACCCGAGACCACAUCCCCCAUCGGCAAACCGCUCAAAGUGCCAAAACAGCGCACAGAGAUCCCAGCCAACGCGGGUUCCAUGCACCCGUGCAUGUUGCUGACGUACAUGCGUCCGCGCACACUGUACCGCAUACUCGCGUGCACGGGCGAUAGACCGCAGAACUAUGAAUACAAGAUGGCGAUCGAUGUGGAUGGAGCUACUUUUGUGGGCACGGGUAGAAACAAGAAAGAGGCGAGGAAGCAAGCCGCCAUUGCCGCGUGUAACUCGCUUUUUGGAGUCACAUUUGAUCAGUAGAUGUUUAAUAUUAUUUAAAACAAUUUUUAUUAUAAUCUAGAUUAAAUCAAAAUCUAAGUUAACUUUUUUUCUUUAUAAGAAGUAUAAAUAAAAUGUCGCCUCGCUUAUUGACAAGGGUCAAUAUGUUGAAGUAUAAAAAUAAUAAAGAAUUUCUGAUGAAAA